AUGUUGGCUUUUCCUGUGGCGACUUUUGUCAGUUCUGAGAAACCACUCCAUGUGAGAGUGAUUAAUGCAUUGAUUUAUUGUGGAUGGGCUGUGAAUGAUUGGUGGUUGGUGGUGCAGUUCUUGUUUGUUUGUUAUAUAUUUUUGCAAACGAGCAGGAAGUUGAAAUACAUUUCAGAAAAGGUAUUCAAGAUUCUUCUUGGAUCGAUAAUUACCAUUCCUAUCAUUCUUUCAGUGGUGAUUAUAGGUUAUAUCAUUACUGUGCUAGUUGACCAAAUAACAAAAGUUCAACAAGCAACCAAUGACACAACCAUCAAACCAGCUCUUAUAUUUUUCUAUUCAUUGACAACAACUAUCUUCAUUCUAUGUGUUCUUUCUUCAUUGGGUUAUGUAAUUUGGACAACCGUUCAGCUAAUCAGACAUUUGAAACAAAGUAGUGAAAAUUCUGGACAUUAUUUGAAGGAAACUAGUAAGAAGGCAAUUAUUAGAAUUGUUAUCAUUGUGAGUUUAGUUGCUUUGAUUGCUGUUUUCUUGUGUUUGAUGGAAUUGAUUUCGUUUAUAGGAGAAGUUUCGAAUGUUUCAGUUUACUUUCAAGUGGUUUCGUUAAUUGGAAAGGCAAUUGCUACAUGGAUUUUCAUUGUUGGUUUGUGUAUCCUCUUUGGACCUAUCAGUGAAAUGAAAAGGAUGGUCAAGAAUGCCAUUAAGGCAGUCAACUUUGAACACAAAACAAAUAGAGCUUUGGAAAACUCAAAAGGAAUUGAAAUGUCACCAAACACUACCAAUACUAGUAAUCACCAACAAUUUGGAACAUUCCUAACUGCCUCCAAUCAAGAUAAUUUCCAUAAUCUUUCCAAUUCUUCAAUAUCCAUCGAUAGUGAACCAAACACUCCAAUUUCAACAAUUUCACUUCCUUAA